AUGGACUUCAACCCUCUCUUUCGAAAUCGAAUCGGCCACAAGAAAUAUUGUGCGCAAUGUCACAAAGCUGAGGCAUACCAGGAGUUUGUGACCUGCAAUUGCGCCGUCUUUCAUUAUUGUUCAACCACCUGCAAGGAUUUCUAUGGCAUAGAACACAGGCGAGACUGCCGGUUGCUGGCUCGAUUCCGAGGCAAGGGCCGCAAUGUACAAUUUGCCAACCUCAUGAUGAAGAAUGAAUAUCUUUGCAAUAAAACGAAGAGUAGAAGCAAAACGACCGAAAUGCGAAGUCAUACCUACGAGCAAGUCUUGGAUUUAUACCUCUACAGAUUUGAAGAAAUCAAGGCCAUGGGCACGACGACCGAUGUCGGUGUUCAGGCUCAGCAAGAUUUUGUUUUGAUAAAAAUGAGGAUUCCAUUGUUGCUGGCAGCGUUGGGAUACGACGAUUUGGCCAUUACCGAGGUUGCAGUCAUGAUGGACUUUCAAGGAGAAACUCCGGGCAGAAUUCCAAGAACAAAAUUUGAUGAUGUGAUUCAAGACAUCUAUGAAGAACGAGGCGAAGUGUACGAAGCCUGGCCCACCUGCUUUAUACUACCAAUAGUUCUGGUCAAACUGAGACACGUCUUGGCAUGGAGGGCAUACACCACGUUCAUUUCUAGAACAAACAGAUUUCCUGAAGAUGUUCGAUUAUGCAUUGGCGAAUUUCUGAUUGGUCAUGACAUUCGUUCAUCGACUGCCAGUUUGUACGUGGAACAGAAGCAACAGUUGCGACAAGCCAUUUCCUUAAUCAAGCAGCAAGAUGAUAAUUUUGCGUCGAUACUACAAGAUCACCAAUAUAAUGAAGAUGAUGAAGAACAUGAUCAUGCUGAGGAUCUAUUGAGUUAUAUUUAUGAGAAUGAUGAUUAUGGCUUUAAUGACUAUGGUCUCUUUCAGUUCUUUCGUGGUUGCUUUCGAGAUACGGAGGCAAUGAAAGCGCUCGCCGCAGAAUUCAUCAAUGAAGAAGAAUUGGAAGCCGGUGAGGAAAUGACAUGGGAACGGCGUCCAUCUGUCCUUAGAACGAAGAAAGAAGAGUCAAAAGACUUCAUCCAGAACGAGGACUUGGAAGAUGGUGUUGAAAUCUCAUGGGAACGGCGUCCAUCUGUCCGUAGAGUGAAGAAAGAACAGCGGAAAGACUUCGUGCAGAAAGAGGAAUUGGAAAAUGGUGUUGAAAUCUCUUGGAAACGAAUUCAAUCUAUUUGCUUGAAAACUUUAUCGACUGAUUUCGAAAGUGAAGACGAACUAGAAGAUGAUUGGGAACCCCUGCAGGCAAACUGGUUGUCGGUCAAGAAUCUGUAG